CCACAUGACAAUGACGAGUAAAUUGAACACUGCAUUGUCUGCGACCGUAGUUGCGUAUCCGCAACCGCCAAUGUCGUGAAAAAUCAGCGUCAACUGUAAAUAUAUCAAGGGUCGAGUAUAACGAAACGAUUCAGGCAAGUUUAGUUGCUACAAUUUGAGUCAGACAUGAUGCUCUGGAUGGUCCUGGUGCUCGUCGUCGCGAGCCGGGUGAGCUGGACUCCGGCGAAUGCUCAGUGCUCGCAGAUUUCAUUUCGCAAAGACCCGGUUUACGCCUUAACGAAACGAUGUACCCGGUCGACCGCAACACCGAUAUCGAGAAGUAAUUUAGAGGACCUGAAAAGCUGCAAAGAAUUUGCCGUUUCUAAAAAGGCUUUGGCGUUCAACUUUCGUCCGAAGAAAUAUGCCUCAAACAUCACGAUCAGCGAUAAUUGCAUCGCUUUGGAAUGCCCGAUGGAACUGCAUCCUCAAUCGACCAGUUUUGUCAAGGAUUCGAGAUUCGAAUACUAUAGCGCGUACGGCGGCAACGUGGCAUAUGGACAUGGAAUAAAAGCAAGCUGCCUACCAACAUUAGGAGUGUUCAGGCUCGCAGACACCCCAUCAAACUACAGCACAGCUCGCGAGAAGUGCGCAGCUUGGGGUGGAAAAUUGGCGCAUGUGGUCAGUGCUGUUCGCACAGAUCUCCUAGCUACGUUGAUGACCGGGAACAUCAGCAGAGCGUUUGUAGGACUCAGCAGUCAAGGCAAAGAGCGGCUCUGGAAGAACGAGUUUGAUGAGCUUCUGGACUGCUUCGAUUUUCGGGGAUGGGCACAGCGGGAGCCACACUCGAGACGAGGAUGUGUUGCUCUGGGCAAGGACCGAGCGUGGAGAGUAGUAUCGUGCUAUGCCUCUUUGCCAUCCCUCUGCGAAAUACUGCCCUCAGCUUCACCGCAGAAAUUGUCACCAUCUAUAGCCUGCGGCAGUCUCUCAGGUACAGGGAGUAUGAGAAAGCAAGUCGGUCAGUCUGUAAGGAAUGAUACAGCCCACAAGUAA